CUUUCUUUCUUUUUUCUUAACUUUCUCUCUCUUCCAUGUUUGGUCUUCGUUUCUUAAGAACUACUUCAAGACAGUUCAGUACAGCAAUUCCUACACGUCUUGCUGCUGUCACUCAAAAAACUACACCUGAAGCUUUGUCAGCAGCUGCCAUUCAUGCCAAUGGACCAAUGAGAAAUGACUGGACAAGAGAAGAAAUCCAAGCUAUCUAUGAUUCACCUCUCAUGGAAUUGUUAUACCAUGGUGCCAAAGUCCACCGUGAGAAUUUCAACGCCAGAGAAGUGCAACAGUGUACUUUAUUAUCGAUCAAGACAGGUGGUUGUACUGAAGACUGUAAAUACUGUCCUCAAUCUUCUCGCUACAAGACUUCUGUCAAGGCUCAAAAGAUUCUUGAUUCUGAUGAAAUUUUGUAUGCUGCCCAAAGAGCUAAAGAUGCCGGUAGUACAAGGUUCUGUAUGGGUGCUGCUUGGAGAGAUUUAGCUGGGCGUAAAUCUAACUUUAAUAAGAUUUUGGACCAUGUUAAAGUGAUUCGAUCCAUGGGAAUGGAAGUUUGUUGUACUUUGGGUAUGUUGGAUGAAGAACAAGCAAAGGCAUUGAAAAAUGCUGGUUUGACAGCCUACAACCAUAACUUGGACACAUCUCGUGAAUUUUACCCCAAAAUCAUUACUACCCGUACUUAUGAUGAGCGUUUGAAGACAAUCGACAAUGCUCAAAAGGCAGGCAUCUCUGUCUGUUCAGGCGGUAUUAUUGGUUUGGGUGAAAAGGAAGAGGACCGAGUUGGUUUGUUACAUACCUUAUCUACCUUGGCUUCGCACCCUGAAAGUGUUCCCGUGAACGCUUUAUUGGCUGUGGAGGGUACACCUUUAGAAAAGCAAGAACCUGUUUCUGUGUUUGAAAUGGUGCGUAUGAUUGCUACUGCUCGUAUCAUCAUGCCCAAGUCGAUGGUUCGUCUUUCUGCUGGACGUGUUCGUUUCUCUGUGCCAGAACAAGCCUUGUGUUUUAUGGCUGGUGCCAAUUCUAUCUUCACAGGUGACAAGUUGUUGACUACACCUAACAAUGAGUUCUCUGAUGACAAAAAGAUGUUUGAUAUAUUGGGUCUUGUUGCUAAGCCUCCAAACUUUGCUCAAGGCUCUGAUAGAAAAGAAGCUCCUGUUUACCAAAUGCCCAAGUGCUUUAAGGCUAGAAAACAAGAAGAAGAAACUGCAUAAUUAUCAUAAUAAAAUUGACUACGCUUUGACCUUUGAAGUUGGCUUAGUCAUGAGCAAGUGUAGAAAUUAUCAACGUGAGAUUUAUAAUCAUAUGAU